AUGACGAACACUCAUCCAGACAUUGAUUAUGCAAACAAGGUUAUUCUUGCACCGAUGGUACGAAUCGGUACUUUGCCUAUGCGUCUAUUGGCACUCGAAUAUGGAGCAGAUUUGGUUUGGACAGAAGAAUUAGUGGACAAGAGAAUUAUUGGAUCUGUUCGAGAAUAUAAUGAAGCUACAGGAACUAUUGAUUAUCGUAAAGGGAAAUCAUUGACAUUUAGCACUCAUCCCGACGAAAAGGGCAAAGUUAUUCUUCAACUCGGUACAGCAGAUCCCGAUCUUGCCUUACAAGCUGCCUUAACACUCAAACAAGAUGUAGCAGGUGUUGAUCUCAACUGUGGAUGUCCUAAGAAGUUUUCGGUCCAAGGAGGUAUGGGCGCUGCCUUACUGACCGACCCAGAUCGUCUCUGCAAGAUCUUGGAAAACCUCAUCUGUCACACAGGGAUGCCAGUGACUUGUAAGAUUCGCUUGCUUCCAACCCAGGAGGAUACCUUGAAGCUUGUUAAAAGGAUUACUGCUACCGGGAUUAAGGCAUUGACGGUGCAUUGCCGCACAAAGGAGAUGAGAUCGACCGAGAAAGCAUUAUGGGAGAGAUUAAGAGAAGUUGUAGAGGCUGUCAAGUCUGUAAGAGAUAUACCCGUGACAGUCAAUGGUGAUAUCUUUCAAUACGCAGAUGUUGAAAAGGUCAAAAAGCUGACACAUGCUGAUUCUGCAAUGAUCGCUAGAGGUGCUCAGUGGAAUCCGUCUGCUUUUAGAAAAGAAGGACUGUUACCAUUUGGUGAAGUUGCUCGUGCUUAUAUCAAAAAGUGCGUCGAUACUGAGAAUGUCUUUCAAAAUACAAAGUAUGUUAUCCUGUGCAUGAAUACUGAGGAUUCUGAUCAUACAAGAUCCGAGUUAUAUCGAAACAUGCAGAAAUCAAAGUCAACAGAAGAUUUGUGCCAAAUUUUCGGAUUAAUGGACUAUUACCGAAAAGUGACCAGCGAACAACAGGCUAAACGGAAAACUGAGAAUGACAAAACGGAGAAUGAGAAUAAACGUGAAAGAGACGAUGAAGACAAACAAGAAAGUCAAAUAGAAAAGAAGUCAAAAUCAGAAUAG